AUGUCGGAUUUCGAUAAGGGCCUCUUGACUCCCUGCCCCGUUUUACGGCCAACGGAGGAGGAGUUUUCCGACCCGAUUAGGUACUUGUCGAGCAAGCCCGUGUCGGAUAUGGGCAAGAAGUAUGGGAUAGUCAAGAUUGUUCCGCCCGCUAGCUGGAAGCCGAGCUUCCAGAUAUCGCCCAGCUUCAAGUUCCACGUGAGGCAGCAGGUGAUUAGCGAUUUGGGGAUCAAGACCCGGUCGAGACGGUUCUUUAGAGAGUGCAUCAACCGGUUCCUCAACAUGAGACGGAAACGGUUGGUCAAGUUGAGCUUUAGAGUUGAAGGGCAGCGCGUUUACUACUAUGAUCUACACGUGUUGGUGGAGAAGUAUGGCGGUGUCCAGGCGAUGAAUCGCUCGCUUUGGCAGCUUGUAAAUAAACAGUUUGGCGUUGACGCCAAAUCCAGGGCCAUCGAGAUGGAAUAUAAUGUGACUAUCAAGAAUUAUGCCAACUACCUAAAGUGCAAUGACGCUGUGGAGUUGCCCGAGAGUGACGCCGAUGAUGGUGAUGAUGAUGGUGAUGGUGAUGAUGAUGGCGAGGACGCUGACAAUUGCUUGAUUUGCGGUGUCAAUGACCACCCGGAAGAGACUCUUCUCUGUGACAACUGUGACCAUGCUUUCCACAUGAAGUGCUUGAACCCGCCCUUGGCCCAGGUUCCAGCUACAAAUUGGUACUGUGACAAGUGUCUAAUCGGCACUGGAGAGUAUGGGUUUGAGGAGGACCCCGAGGUGAAGUAUGGCAUACCGGAAUUCUACCGAAUGUGCCAGGAGUUUGACGAGAAAUUCGCCAAGGAUUACAACGAUGGCAAACCGUUGACUUUAGACCAAAUCGAGGCGAAAUUCUGGUCUUUUGUUGACAUUGAAAAGAGCGAUUUGGAAGUCAAGUACGGCGCUGAUAUCCACAACUUGAAGCCUGGCGAGAUCAGUGGGUUCCCCAUGAUCAACACGCCCGAGUUGGACCUCUCAAACCCUCAAACCCAGUUUUACAUUAACCACCCUUACAAUUUGACCAAGCUUCCGUUUGCCCGGGGAUCUUUGCUCAACUACAUCAACACUUCGAUAUCGGGCAUGACGGUGCCGUGGAUCUAUAUUGGUUCGCUUCUUUCGACAUUCUGCUGGCAUGUCGAAGACCACUACACGCUCUCGGCCAAUUUUUGCCAUUUCGGCGCCACCAAGAAAUGGUAUGGGAUUCCCUCGCUGUAUUCGAAUCGGUUCGAGGAGUUGAUGAGGAGGUCUGCGCCCGAUUUGUUCCAAAAACAGCCGGACUUACUUCACCAGCUUACCACCUUGAUGAACCCCAUCCAGUUGGUUGAGAAUGGCAUUCCUUGUGUUUAUGCUGACCAGAACCCCAAUGAGUUUGUGAUUACUUACCCCAAGGUGUACCACGCGGGGUUCAACUGCGGAUUCAACUUUAAUGAGGCUGUCAAUUUUGCCAUGGAUGAGUGGCUUGAGUUUGGCGAGGAGUCCAUCACCAACUAUAAACCUAUUAGGAAGGAGAAUGUGUUUAACUAUUACGAGUUGGUGGAGAAUAUCUUGAAAAAGUUUACCAGCAACACCAAUGAAAAUGAAGAUGAGACGGAGUUGGAGUUGGAGAAUUUGGAUCUUGUCAGGCGGAGUAUUGAUAUAUUUGACCGGUUUUCAAAGACUCAGGAGUCUCUCUUGAGCCGUAUCAGAGUGCGGAAUUUCAAAGUUGAACAUAAACCAAAGUACUAUAAAGCUCGACGGUUUGAUGUCGAGCAAGCUGGCGAAGUCACUGAAGAUUAUGGCAAGAAAGAGGGAGGCGAUGAAGAUGAGGAGGAGGAGAAUUUGUGUUGUACGUGCAAGACGCAUUUGGGCUUCCAGUAUUGCAUCUUGGGAGAAAAUUACAAUCUUUGCGAAGAAGUCAAGGUUGAGCGGCCAAAAGAGCUACUGCAAGUGCUGCAGCUUCCCACGCCGCACACGUCUCCCCAGGAGGAGAUUGAUAGGAAACUGAUCAAGCCCGAGGCAAAGUCAGUUGCGCAAGACGACUCUGCAAAAGCCAUGUCUCGCUUGACGUCACCGGCCAAAUGCGUCAUGGACGAGUACGACGAAUUGAUCAAGCAAGCGAAAAAGAGAAGCGUGGAAGAAGAAGAAGAAAAAAGAGAAACUCAAUCGCAGAAACGGAGAAGGUCGAGCAGGCUACUGAACCUUGAAGAGCAGCAAUUCCACAGAGUCGAAACAAAGCCGAAAAAGGCCAAGCGCAAGAACUUGGGCAUGAGGAAAUUGAACAAGCUCUUCAACAUCAACUCGAGAAAGAUCUGCUUGAGCUGCGUUUUGGAGAGAACAGAUGUGCCUGUCGACACGGUCUUGAUAUACCAAAGCGAACCCGAGGCCAUGAGAGAAUUGUUGGACGAGUCCAAGACGAAAUUGGCCCAACUGGUGCAAGGAGACUGCCGCGACUCCCAACAUCCGCCUCCUAUAAAGGCGGAUGUUGGAGCGGAAGCUCCGCCUAGACCGUGCGAGGUUAGUGGUCAAGUCUGGCUGCCAGAACAAGGUAAGGUCCAUAAGGGCAGCGUCUAG